AUGGUUUGGGGGCAAGUGGACUCUCCCAAGGAAAGGGAUAAGAGGAAGGAAGGCUUCUGGGCUGAUCGAACACCAGUUCAUGAAGCUGCCAGGCGGGGAGAAAUCCUGCAGCUGCAGCAGCUGAUAGAGAGCGGAGCCUGCGUCAAUGCGGUCACCUACGACUCUAUCACCCCAUUGCAUGAGGCGAGCCUGCGAGGACAGACACAGUGUGUCAAGCUCCUGCUGGCUGCAGGGGCCCAGGUUGAUGCCAGGAAUAUCGAUGGCAGCACUCCGCUCUGCGAUGCCUGUGCCUCGGGUAGCAUAGAGUGUGUGAAAGUGCUGCUGUCCCAUGGCGCCAAGGUGAACCCCCCCCUUUACACAGCGUCCCCUCUCCACGAAGCCUGCAUGAAUGGUAGCUCGGAGUGCGUGCAACUCCUCAUUGACGUCGGUGCGAAUUUGGAGGCUCAUGACUGCCAUUUCGGGACUCCCCUACACGUGGCCUGUGCCAGGGAGCACCUGGACUGUGCGAAGGUGCUGCUCAAGGCAGGGGCAAAUGUGAAUGCUGCUAAACUUCACGAGACAGCCCUCCACCAUGCCGCAAAAGUGAAAAACGUAGAUCUGGUGGAGAUGCUGAUUGAAUUUGGAGGAAACAUUUACGCAAGGGACAACCGAGGAAAGAAGCCAUCGGAUUACACCUGGAGCAGCAGUCCCACAGCAAAGUGCUUUGAGUACUAUGAAAAAACGCCUCUGAGUUUGUCACAACUCUGCAGAGUUACGGUGAGGAAAGCUGCCGGGCAGCGAGCACUGGAGAAGAUUGCCAAGCUAAAUAUUCCUCCACGAUUAAUCCAGUACCUGUCCUACAACUGACAGGGGCGAAGGUGGCCAGGAAG